AUGGUGCCCGUACCAUCUGCUGAGCAGGGUAACGUGUCCGUGGUGGUGCGGGUACGGCCCCAGGCCUCGUGGGAGCAGGAGAGCAACCGCCCGAGUGUGGUGCAUGUGGUCAAUGACUGUCUGCUCGUUUUCGAUCCCGAGGAGCCCAGCCCACCAGGGAUCUUGGCAGGCCUCCAAGGGUAUGACUCUGCCCCGAGACGGAAGGGCAAGGACCUGAAGUUCGUUUUCGACCGGGUGUUCGGCGAGAGCGCCACUCAAGCUGAGGUGUUUGAGAACACAACCAAAGAGGUCCUGGAUGGUGUCUUGAACGGCUACAAUUGUUCUGCUUUUCUCAAGAGUGUCAGGGUGUUGCCCCAAACUGCAGAGCAGCUGCUAGACAUGUUGGCGCGAGGGAACCAGAACCGCACGCAGCACCCCACGGACAUCAACGCCACGUCUUCCCGCUCCCAUGCCAUCUUCCAGAUCUACGUGAAGCAGCGGGGCAGUGCGGUGGGCGUCACCCGGGACCUGCGGGUGGCCAAGAUGAGCCUGAUUGACUUGGCGGGCUCCGAACGGGCCUCUGUCGCCAACACCAAAGGGGAGCGACUGCGCGAGGGCGCCAACAUCAACCGCUCUCUCCUGGCCCUGAUCAACGUAAUCAAUGCCCUGGCCGAUGCAAAGAGCAAAAAGCCUCACAUUCCAUACCGGGACAGCAAGCUGACGCGCCUCCUGAAGGACUCCAUUGGCGGCAACUGCCGGACCAUCAUGAUCGCUGCCGUGAGCCCAUCCGUGCUGUCCUACGAGGACACGUACAACACCCUCAGAUACGCCAACCGGGCCAAAGAGAUCAAACUCUUGGUGGCAGACCUGCAAGGGAGGCUCCGAGCUUAUGAGGAAAAGGGCUCUCCGAGGAACCCCCCCGGACUGGCUCCUCCUGGCCCCGAGCAGGCAGAGCUUCUCAGGGUAAAGGAAGCUGGCUUGGCUCCUGAGGGUGAUCAACAGGCAGAGGCCGAAUCAGAGCGGCUGAAACUGGGCUGCGGCACCUCUUGUCUGGGAGAAAGGAGCCCGAAGCAG